UUUUACGUCUACAGUGACGUGAAGUUUACGUACCCGCUCCCGGAAGUACUCUUAAUCGGCUCACUACUCUGCUCGUAAUCAUUGGCUCAUGGAUACAUGAUAACAAGUUACGUGGAACGUGUGAUGGAAAUAGCGAUCGGCAACGUGAAGUGCGGUCUAUUCUACUGGUUUUCUGAUCAGGCUUCUCAUUGGCCAUCCCCCCACGGAAGCGCCAGGUGCGAUUCUCGGCUCGUCAUGACAUCAUCCUUCUUCGGGAGGUCAUCGCCCAGAAUCCCUUCAGCACAAAGGAUUCAAGCGUCAGGCUUUGGGCCCGCAUUGCGGAGAUCAUUACAGCUUCGAUGCAGGAUGAGUACUUUGAGGUGGAUGCACGGCGCUGCCGUGAGAGAACCCUGCUGCUGCUGGACUACUACAAGAAACAGGACUUCUUCAGACUGCGCAGGAGUGGAACGGAGGCUCUGUAUGCAGAGAAAGAGGACCUGCUCCAUGAAGUGAUGGACUUGGAAGCUCGGAAGAGCAGCCAAAAGACCCCUAGAGUCCAGGAGGCAAGUGAGCUGGUCAGGAAAGCAGCACCGGAAGACCUGUUUCUACCAGAACAGGACAAACCAGACGUCACCGCCCUCGGCAUAAUAGCAAGCAGAGAGGAUGCCACCCAACCUAGUUCACCUGCGUCGUCCAUCAGAGCCGAGUCAGAGGGGGACGCGCCAGCUGAGGAGCCUGGGCCAGUAGUACACAGCUCCAGGCAUUCCUGCCAGUGCUGCUGCCACCACAGCUUCUCAGAGGCCCUCCGGUUCCUGGAGAAACGCACAGAGGCGGAGCAUCAGAUCAGGGAGGAGGAGCUAGCGCUGAGGAGGGAGGAGCUGGAGGUUCAGAGGAGUAAGAUCUGCCUGGAGCGAGAGCGUCUUGAGGAGGAGAGGAAGGAGAGGGAGCGGAGGUUCCGGCUGGAGAGCCAAGAGAGGCAGGUGAUCCUGGACCUCCUCAAGGAGAAGAUCCUGAAAGGCUGAAGGAGGGAAGAGAAACCCCAGAAGACCUCCAUAACAAGACACGGUGGACUCUGCGUCAAGGAGCACGACGGCAGCGCUGCCCCGCGGCGCCCCACACACGGACCCCAUGGACCCUUGGGGGGGGGGGAUUGAUGGGCCCUAGCAGGCCAGUAGAUACCUCUAGUAGAUUAACCAAGGAGCUCGGAGGAGGAACGCAUACGCACGCACACACCCACAACAACAAGGCUGUCGCAGUUGCCUUCAUCUACUGCCGUCGUCCUUACGAGGCUCGCUGUGUGCGUGUGUGCAGGCGUGUAAGGACAGGGUGCUGCUUUCACUUCGUGUUGUUGAUGAAGGGCGAACCCGAUUUAAUGACUGGAUGUCAAAGAAUCUCAUGUCACGCUUUUUUUAGAUUAUGUAUUGCUGCAAUUACUGUGACGUUAUCUUGAUAACAGAAUGGUCCCGAGCAGGGAGUUUCUAGGAGGAGCAUGCAGCCAAGUGCAGCUGAACAGGUUUGUGUACUGUGUAUACCUGAAGUCAGUGUGCUCUUGUUACAAUAGUAGAGUAAUAGGUGUGGAGAAACAUUGUUGUGAGCCUUACGUUUCAGAAGAGAAGUCUGACGCUUUGGCACAGAUAAAAGGUGGUUUGUGAUUUCAUAGUUUUAAUUAAUAAUUACCCGACAGGGUAUACAUGGCUAGGCUAAUACUUGCCGCAUUGGGUGUAUGUUGAAUAUGUUGUGUAAAAUAACGAUGGGGAAUUGUUGAAAGUGCUAGGUUCUGACCUUAAGGAGAACACAACCCCAUGCUUGACGCCGCCUUAAAAAAAAAAAGCUUUCGGUUUAUAUUCGUUUUAAGGGCUGGGCUAGUGACUCUCCAGAAAACGCCCUUCACUUCGGUUUCAUUAAGCAGAGGAAAGCUGUGUUCUCCUUUAAGAUUAGCUUCCACUGCUAGGUCCAGCAGUGGGAUUAAUAACUUUUUGAACACAAUUCAAAGAAAUGCUUCGGUCUUAGAGAAAAAUAUUUUGGGGGAAUAUUUGAAGAAUUUUCAACAAACAAAUUAAUUGAUAAAUUAUACUUUUCAAAUCUU